AUGGUAACAUUUUCUCAAGAAUUGUUUCCGCCACUUUCUAUCGGAGAUUGUGUUACCAUAACAAUUCCUUCUGUUGAUCGAGGGCCUUUAGAUUUCGGGAAAAUCUUUGGAAUUAUCACGGACUUCAAAAAUGGAGUAUAUCAAGUAGGAACUGAGAAUGGAGUGAUCAACGUCUGGUUUCCUAGGACCGAAAUUGAAAAAUCAGGAGCUGCUGUGAUGCACCUUCAAGACGUUCAAAGAGAUAUUUCCAUUUCUCUUCGAGAAGCUGCAUCUUAUCAAUCCAGCGGUGGAGGUCAGGGCUACAAAAAAUGUAAUUGUAUGGCUACAAAAAGUCAAUGCUCCACGAAACGCUGUUCCUGCUUCAAGUCAAAAAUUAAAUGUGGUUCACGGUGCCACAAUGCAAAUCCAUGUAAUAAUAAAUAA